AGAGGCCAAAGAGCAAAGAGAAAAAGCUAAAACUUUACUUCACAACCCUCAAGAAAUUUCUUUUAGUCAAGACAAUCCAUACAUUAAACAAGAAAAUACAGAUAUCGAACCAACUACAGAAUCAUCUGAA